UCAGGUCCUAUUCCCAUACUACCAUGUUUUGAGCUCCUCUUUGCUGCGUUCCUGGCGCCACGUCUGCCUGCCAGAUGUGUUGCGUAAGUUAGUCCUGCUGUCCUCACCCAGCACAAAACUCCAAGGUUCAACCAUAGUUAGUGAUCCUUCCCCACCACCGCCAGUUCUUUCUGACCAGGUCAGCAGAGCCUGAACGCCCUCAGCAAAGAUGGGAGACUGGGGAUUUUUGUCCAACCUGCUGGACAAAGUCCAGACCCACUCCACUGUGAUCGGGAAGAUCUGGAUGACCGUCCUCUUCCUCUUCAGGAUCAUGGUUUUGGGAGCGGGCGCCGAAAGCGUGUGGGGCGACGAGCAGUCGGACUUUGUCUGCAACACCCAGCAGCCCGGUUGCGAGAACGUCUGCUACGACAAGGCCUUCCCCAUCUCGCACAUCCGCUUCUGGGUCCUCCAGAUCAUCUUUGUGUCCACACCGACGCUGGUCUACCUGGGCCACGCCAUGCACGUCAUCCACAAGGAGAACAAGCUGAGGGAGCAGCUGGCGAGCCCCGACGGGCCACGGAAGUUCAAACAGCCCAAAUACAGUGACGAGAAGGGACACCUGAAGAUCAAGGGGAACCUGCUGGGCAGCUACCUGACCCAACUCGUCUUCAAGAUCAUCAUUGAGGCCCUCUUCAUCUACGGACAGUACCGCCUGUACGGCUUCGUCAUGGUCCCCCAGUUCGACUGCGAGAGGACGCCCUGUCCCUUCAAGGUGGCGUGCUUCAUGUCCCGGCCCACCGAGAAGACCAUCUUCAUCAUCUUCAUGCUGGUGGUGGCCUGCAUCUCUCUGCUGCUGAACGUGGUUGAAAUGUUGUACCUGAUCGGCUCCAGGAUGAGGUGCGGGUCCAAGCGCCGCCGCCCCCAGCGGGUCACCACGGCGGAGAACCCCGCCAGCUUAUCGAGCCCCAGGUGGCCGACCACGGAGGACACGCUGAGGCAGAACAAGAUGAACAUGGAGCUGGAGAACCACAGCGUGGGAGGCAGCCUGGACGGAGCCAAAGAGGAGAAACGGCUACUGAGCGGACAAUAAGAUGCUUUAGUGUGCGUUUGCAUUUUAAUUGAAUACCUUUUAGACUUGCACCGCUGUCUUCAUGUUAAAGGCUUCAUCAUUGUGUGAUCAUGUAUACUGUACACUAACAAAUCACCAGAGAUGCCCAAUAACAAGGGGCACAAUAUCUAUCUUGUUUUUAACUUAAAAUCUACUAAAUAAGGUGUGCAAUACUGAUUUUUAUUUAUACUGAAGGUGCUCCCUUGUGACUGUUUGAGAGAGAAGUUUGUUGAGUGUUUGUUUUUGGGAUGCAGAACUUGUCCAUUAAAAUGUUGCUUUCUGUACCAUGAUGAUGGUGAUUGUAGCUGACAUUUUUAUAUGGCUUUAUCUUUUUAAUAAAUGAUUCAAAUGGAACAA